AUGGCAUCUCGCUCGGUGAGGCUCAACCGAAUCGCUCGCAUUGUCCUAUUCUUGAGCCUACUUUCCCACAGCUUUUCGAUUCCUCAGCCUCCCUUCAAUACCAGCUCUGCGGAAUCAAACAAUGGCACUUUAGGGCUGGCAGACUUUCAGUGCCAAAGCGUUAGUGGCACCGAACUCUUGCCUGAAUAUGACACAUACCUAAGUGCCAUCAAUGCCAUGUCAUUCGCCGCUAUGAGCGACUACACAGCACCACUAUCUCCCAACUUCAUUGUCUACAGAAACGUUCUUCUCGCAUACGCAGGGGAAAAUCUGUGGGAGUCCCUUUCACCCUCCUAUCUGCUUCAGACCCUCUACUACAGCAUAGAAGCUUACGCAGUGGGGCGAUUCCUUUCAACCACUUUCGUCUGUACCACAGGACCUAACCAAGACAUCGUCAGUUCCAUCUCAUACACGCUCAAUAACGUCGCCAAACCGGAUAAUAGCACAUCGACUACACAGAAUGCCACAACACAGCUCAUUCCUGCCACAAAGCAACAGAGGCCCACAAACAGCACGACGACCCCCGACCAAAUAUGUCCCGGCCCCCAUCUCCAGAAAUCGAAUAGCCUCGAUCGAAACACCUGUUUCUUAUACUCCUACAUCGGCACGGGCUUCAUCUCACACGGCGACUACUUCCUCGCUCUCGCCAAAGUCUUCCUCGCCGUCGCCCCUUACGCCUCCCAAACGCCCGUCCAAGAUGAUUUCUCCUUUACCACCAAAGGGAUCACAGCGUCCAUCUACAGAAACGAAACAGCCGCGCAGCUACCCUCGGCUUUGACUUUGAGAGACAUUAAUAACAUGAUGGGAGUCGCUGCCGGAAGGCCUGUUGAGGACGAGGCGGGGGAGGAUUUCCGACCGGGGUAUUUUAGGGAGAUCAGUGUUUCGGUGUAUUAUGUCGUUGGAUACUCGGAAGCGCAUUGGUUGGGAGAUUUAGAGGUGAAGAGGGGGAGGGGGAGGGGAGAUGCUGGGGAAUGUUACGCUGGGGCAGGUCGAGACUUCCUAGCCGCAUCUCGUGCAAGGUAUUAG